AAAGCCGCUGCCCCUUUGACCUUUGGCUGCGAGCAGCAAUGGCGGACAGCGAGCUGCCGAAGUGCUGCAGGAACCGGGGCGGAGUCCAGCGGGUGGAGAGCAAGCUCCGGGCCAGCGUGGAGAAGGGCGACUAUUAUGAGGCGCAUCAGAUGUACAGGACGCUUUUCUUCCGGUAUAUGUCACAAAGUAAACAUGCUGAAGCUAGAGAACUUAUGUAUUCUGGAGCGUUGCUGUUCUUCAGUUACAGCCAGCUAAACAGUGCUGCUGAUUUAUCUAUGCUAGUUUUAGAGUCCUUGGAAAAGUCCGAAGCAAAGGUUGCUGAUGAACUCUUAGAAAAUCUUGGUAAACUUUUUAGUCUAAUGGAUCCAAAUUCUCCUGAGAGAGCAGCAUUUGUAUCCAGAGCACUGAAGUGGUCCAGUGGAGGUUCGGCAAAACUUGGCCAUCCGAAAAUACACCAACUGCUGGCAGUCACACUGUGGAAAGAGCAAAACUAUAGUGAAUCUCGGUAUCACUUCCUGCAUUCAGCAGAUGGGGAAGGUUGCGCAAAUAUGUUAGUAGAAUAUUCUGCAUCAAAGGGUUACCGGAAUGAAGUGGACAUGUUUGUGGCUCAGGCGGUCUUACAAUUUCUUUGCUUAAAAAAUAAAAAUACUGCAUCAUUGGUCUUUACAACUUACACAGAAAAGCAUCCCUCUAUAGAAAAGGGACCUCCAUUUAUACAGCCCUUGUUAAACUUUAUCUGGUUCUUAUUACUUGCUGUUGAGGGGGGGAAACUAACCGUUUUUACAGUGUUAUGUGAACAGUAUCAGCCAUCUUUAAAGAGAGACCCAAUGUACAUUGAGUAUCUAGAUCGAAUAGGUCAGAUUUUCUUUGGAGUUGCACCGAGACAGACAUCCUCGUACGGGGGAUUAUUAGUUUUUAUAUUCCCUUCGCAGGAAACCUUUUGAACAGCCUGAUGGGUGCAGGAGAGGAUGAUGAGGUGGAUGGUGAAGGACCAGAAGAUGUUAAUCCUAUUGAUCUUGACUAAGAAGAAAAUUAACUUUCUGAUCUAAAGGUCUAAAGACAAUAUUCCACUGAAAUGUCUACAGAAUGAUCUGCUUAUACAAGAAAUAGAAACAGCUAUACCAUGGGACAUUUUAUAUGACAGUUUCACAUCUAAGCAUCUGCAAAGGGCUCUCUUUCCCUUUCUACUGAAGGAGGUGCAAAGGAUGUUUCCUAUUGCUGUCUCUAUUGGAAAUGCUGUAUUAUUUAUGUUCAGUAGAUAUUUCAUGAUUUAAAGAACAGGUUCCAAUUGGCUGUGUGUUGACUGAUGUAAUAAGUUUUGUCUUUUUAGAUUAAUUUACAUAAGAUUUAAAUACUUUACAGCUUUGUACUGGGAACUGGUACACAUGGCACUACACAAGGAUGGUCUCAACUGUAUGAUGUAAAACCAUGCAAAAGAUGCUCAUCACAGGGUAAAUUUUGCCAACAGGAGUCGAGACAUCUCAAAUUGCUAAAACUAGCUCUCGUUUAACACGUCAGAGCGGUUGUCAAUAGGAACAAAAGAAAAGCUGUAGGGAUCAGCAGCACUUAAUUUAACUUAUACAAUUGGUGUAGCUGUUGCGCACAGAUUACAAAAAAAUCAUGCACAAAAAUGGGCUUAAUUAUUUCUGAACCAAUAAACAACAUUAAAGAAGAUUGUUGUCACCCUGACUUUAUUUGAGGUGGUAAAUUAUAUUCUAAUGUAAGUAAAAUGCAUACAGCUGCCACAAGAAUGCUGUAAAUACUUUGUUGGGGCUGGUUCUGCAUGUUAAAGGUUUGCAUGCCAGAAACUUGAAUACUUUUUAAACAUUGGCAUUUCAAGUGCUGGAACUUGUUAAAGAAAAUUUGCACAAUGACUCCUUAAUCAGGAACUGGGUUUGUAUUGUAGUAAAAUGCAAGGACCUGAUUUAAUUGGAGCCAGUAACACACACAAUUUAGAGUAAUUGUACAUUAUGCUUUAUAGAUCUGGUAACCAUAUCUAAUUGUUUUUCCACCAAGCACUCUGUAAUUCAUGGCCUAUGAAAUGUUCACAAAGGUUAAAUCUAAGGGGGAUUAAAUGGCAGCCUUUUAAACAAUGGAAGAUAUUCCUCUUUAAGUGAUAUUUUUGUGCAUAAGUUGGACUGUUGCUUUUUUAAUACUUGUAUUUAUCAUUAAAGAAAAAUAAUUAGUC